UGUGCGGGGCGGGCGGGCAGAGCCCGCGGCGUGGCGGCACCGCCGCCCCCCGCCCGGCAGCGCGGCGACCCCGGCCCGCCAUGGGGCCCGCCCGCGCCGAUUACCUGGCGCCCUGGUGGGCGGCCUGGCUGCACGGGCUCCCGCACCGCGACCCCCGCCUGCAGCCCGUGCCCAGCACCUUCCGCCCGCAGGACCCCGACUACCAGCAGUCGCUGCUUGUCCUGGGCUUGCUGGCCGCCGUGUGCCUCGGCCUCAACCUCCUCUUCCUCACCGUGUACCUGAUCUGCCUGUGCUGCUGCAAGAGGGAGCAGGACGCCGAGAGCAAGCGGCCCCACUCGUGUUGUGUCACCUGGAUGGCCGUCACCGCCGGGCUCAUCUGCUGCGCCGCCGUUGGCGUCGGCUUCUACGGGAACAGCGAGACCAACGACGGCGUUUUCCAGCUGCUCUAUGCCCUGGACCACGCCAACCAGACCCUGACUGGCAUCGACUCCCUGGUUGCCAGCACCACGCUGCAGAUGCAGGGAGCGCUGGAGCAGCACCUGGCACGGCUGAACGAGCUGCUGGCCUCGCGGGGGGAUUACGUGCAGACCCUCAAGUUCACGCAGCAGCUGGCUGGCAGCAUUGUCCUGCAGCUCCAGGGGCUGCCAGCCUGGCGGGGCGUCAGCGCUGACCUCACCGAGCUGUCGGGACAGGUGGCCUAUGUGGAGUAUUACAGGUGGUUGGCUUACCUGCUCUUCUUCAUCCUCGUCCUCACCGUCUGCCUGCUGGCCUGCCUGGGGCUGGCCAAGCACUCCCGCUGCCUCCUGCUCCUGAUGCUGUGCUGUGGGCUGCUCAUGCUGGUCCUCAGCUGGGCCUCCAUGGCCGUGGACACGGCGGCUGCAGUGGGCACCAGCGACUUCUGUGUGGCCCCGGACAAGUUCAUCAUGAACCAGACAGAUGAUGAGAUCAGCGCAGAGGUGGUUCAUUAUUACCUGUACUGUGACCAGAGCCUGAGCAGCCCCUUCCAGCAGGCUCUCACCGUGUUCCAGCGCUCGCUGACCACCAUGCAGAUCCAGAUCCAGGGGCUCAUCCAGUAUGCGCUGCCCCUCUUCCCCACAGCUGAGAAAGACCUUUUGAGGGUGCAGCAGCUCCUCAACUCCUCGGAGACCAGCCUGCACCAGCUGACAGCGCUGCUGGACUGCCGGGGGCUGCACAAGGACUACCUGGAUGGCCUCAUUGGCAUCUGCUACGACGGCGUGGAGGGGCUGCUCUACCUGGGGCUCUUCUCCCUGCUGGCGGCCGCCGCCUUCUCCACGGUGAUCUGCGCGGCCCCACGAGCCUGGCAGCAGCUGGCUGGGAGGGAGCGGGACUACGAUGACAUGGACGAGGAGGACCCGUUCAACCCCGCAGCACGGCGCAUGGCCACGCACCGCCCUCCGCGGGGGCAGCUGCGCAGCUUCUGCAGCUACAGCAGCAGCCUGGGCAGCCAGAGCAGCCUGCAGCCCCCGGCAGCACAGACCGUGUCCAACGCCCCCGUGUCUGAGUACAUGAACCAGGCCGUGCUCUUCGGAGGGAACCCCCGCUAUGAGAACGUGCCCCUCAUCGGGAGGGGCUCUCCUCCCCCCACGUACUCCCCGAGCAUGAGGGCCACGUACCUGGCGGUCACCGAUGAGCACAUCCGGCACCGCGGCGACUUCCCGGCCUAGGAGGGGACACCAAAGAGCCCGAGGGACAGCACAGCACGGGGUAGGAGCCACGGCGGGGCUGGGGGACAAACCUGGAGCCCCCCAGCACCCCCUGCCCUCACAGCCCCACACCUGCUGCCUUAGGGGCUCCCGGGAGCGCAGAGGGGCUGCGGGGGCUCCUCCUGUCCCUGUGGAACGUUCUGGAGCACAAACCCCGCGCCAUGCUGCCCUGGGGCUCCCCUAGCAAUGCAGCACCAACCACUAGUGAUCCCAAACCCUUCCCCAGCCCUUUCCAGCUGCCCUGGCUUUUCCCAGGAUGAGGGAUUUGGGAUGUUUUGGCCCUGGCAUUUCCCAGGAUGAGGGAUUUGGGAUGUUUUGGCCCUCGCAUUUCCCAGGAUGAGGAAUUUGGGAUGUUUUGGCCCUGCUGGUUUUCCCUCACUUUGCCCCCGGGGUUUGGGAGGUGCUGGCUCUGUUCAGAGAGGGGUCACUGCAGUGGGGUUUGGGGUGGGUUUAGGCUCUUUUUGGUCCCCCAAGGCGGGUGUGGGAUGGGGCAGGCUCCCCUCCUCCUGCAGCCCUGGAGUGGUCACACAUCCCCUGGGAGAGGGACAGGAGCUGCUGGGGCAUCCCUGGGGUGGGACAACAUGGACCUGCCACCCUGGAGGCUCAGCCAGCAUUUCCAGGGUGGGGAGCUGAGAGAGCUGAACCUGCCCCUUUGGGCUGCCCUUUGGCACAGGGACCCCAGGAAAGGCCCCUUCCCCCUGGUUCAGGGAUGGACCCCCUGCCCCAUCCACCCAGACCCCAAAGGGUGCAGAUGGGCAGUGGUGUGUGCCCACCCCAGUGCCAGGACAUCCCUGACUCCCCACUCCAUAUUCCCCGUGACUAGCAUCCCUCCCCUUGGGGAAUAUCCCGAGGGAUUUUUUUAUUUCUUUGGCUUUUAACGUUUCCAUGUAACGGUACUGGUAGAAGAGCUGUUGUAACCGCAUGUGAACUAACCGAAGGGCUCCGGCUGGGGGCUGGAGUCCGGCUGGAUUUGUUUGUGCCCUUUUGGGAGGAAAGAUAAUAAACACUUGGACUAAA